UCAGUUUGAGAAGACUAGACGUGUCACGUGACACGAUACUGGCCAUCUGAGCUGAGCCAGAUGUGCCGAUCCGAGCGAACGAGCAAGCUACGUGUACGUACACAAUGUAUUAUGAGUUUGCAUAGCAUACCGUAUACGCACUAGCUACGUUAAAACUGUACACGUGGUCGCGUUCGCUACCGGGUUUCUGCUUUGGAUUUUUCAAGAGGAAUUUUUUCUUUCAUUAUCAGUCACUCAGGAAAUUGUCAGCCUUGGACAACUCACUUUUAGUGUCAUCUGUAACAAAAACUAUUCAUCAUGGUUAAAGAAAAGAUUCAUAUCAACAUUGUGGUUGUCGGCCACGUCGACUCGGGGAAAUCUACAACUACCGGUCAUCUCAUCUACAAGUGCGGUGGAAUCGACAAACGUGCCAUCGAAAAGUUCGAGAAGGAAGCUGCCGAGAUGGGAAAGGGAUCUUUCAAGUAUGCCUGGGUUCUCGACAAGCUGAAGGCAGAACGUGAACGUGGUAUCACCAUCGACAUUGCUCUCUGGAAAUUUGAAACAACCAAGUACUAUGUGACUGUCAUUGAUGCACCUGGUCAUCGUGAUUUCAUCAAGAACAUGAUUACAGGAACCUCACAGGCCGACUGUGCCGUUUUGAUUGUUGCUGCUGGUACUGGUGAGUUUGAGGCUGGUAUUUCCAAGAAUGGACAGACACGCGAGCAUGCUCUCCUCUGCUUCACUCUGGGUGUCAAGCAGCUCAUUGUAUCCGUGAACAAAAUGGACAGCACCGAACCCCCGUACUCUGAGUCACGUUUCAACGAAAUUGUGAAAGAAGUCUCGACGUACACCAAGAAAGUUGGCUACAAUCCAAAGGCCAUUGCAUUUGUCCCAAUUUCGGGAUGGCACGGUGAUAACAUGCUUGAGAAAUCAGACAAGAUGAAGUGGUUCAAGGGCUGGGCUGUAGAACGCAAGGACAACAAUGCUACUGGAACAACAUUGUUCGAAGCCCUCGAUUCCAUUCUACCACCAAAGAGGCCAACGGAUAAGGCUCUUCGUCUUCCUCUCCAAGAUGUUUACAAGAUUGGAGGCAUUGGAACGGUUCCAGUGGGUCGUGUUGAGACAGGAACAAUGAAACCUGGCCUUGUUGCUACUUUCGCCCCUGCUAAUAUUACCACUGAGGUGAAAUCUAUCGAGAUGCACCAUGAAUCAAUUAUGGAGGCUAUGCCAGGUGACAAUGUUGGUUUCAAUAUCAAGAACGUCUCAGUGAAGGAAAUCAAGAGAGGUAUGGUCUGUGGAAACAGCAAGGACAACCCUCCAAAAGAAGCCCAAUCAUUCAACGCACAGGUCAUUAUUAUGAACCACCCUGGGCAGAUCCACGCUGGCUACCAGCCGGUUUUGGAUUGCCAUACUGCUCAUAUUGCCUGCAAGUUCUCCAGCCUCCUUCAGAAGAUUGACCGUCGAUCAGGCAAGGUACAAGAGGAAAACCCCAAGUAUGUCAAGUCUGGUGAUGCCGCUAUUGCUACAUUGGUUCCUUCCAAGAAGAUGGUUGUAGAGUCCUACACAGAAUUUCCUCCUCUUGGUCGUUUUGCUGUCCGUGAUAUGAAGCAGACCGUCGCUGUGGGUGUGGUAAAAUCCGUCGAGAAGGCAGAGGCAGCAAGCAGCAAGAUGACCAAGUCUGCUCAGAAGGCUACAAAGAAGAAAUAGUAGCCUGAAGCAUUAUGUGGCAUAACAAGAUAGGAACAUAGCCUUUACAAAUUCUCUUCUAUUUCGGUUCAGUGUAAAUAAGCAUUCGUAGUUAUGCUCAAAGAAAUCAUUGAAUGUUGUGAUGUCCUGGAAAUCCUCGGGAAAGGGGGUAAUUAACAGUGCUUUGUGCGUUGACAGAUUUUUCCUCUUCUGAACAUUUGAUUUUUUUUUUGGUUAGUGACCUGCUGAAGACAUGAUUUGGGUUGAAAUCCUUUCAGUAAAAAAAAAUCUGUAGAAUCAAAUGAAUUCAAGAGUUCGACCGGUCACUAUCUACAACUGAUCUUGAUUUAUUUUGAAUCCCCGUAAUUCAGAAUAUAUUAUUUCGUAUUCUUUGAGUAACAACAUUCAAUCAGACGGUGCAACUUAACACUUUAAUAAGAACUAUCAGAUAUGAAAUACCUUUUUAAAUGUGUCUUAAACAGGUGGGCAGUCAAUGUAUACAAAAUAAAAAAUACCAAUGUAUGUUCUACCCAUUUACCUGUUUUUAGCAUUACUUUGAUUUCUUGAAUGUAAUACCAAUAUCGGUAUCGAUAUUUUAGUCUCCAUUGACCAUUUUUUAAUCAUUCCAUCUUUUAAAAAUAAUUAACAAAGUUUGAUAAGCAGUUUAAGACACAUUUUAGGAGUCCUCUAACAUAUCAGCCUUUUUCCAGUUAUAUACGUUCAAAAUAUUAAUUUUACUAAGAAUCCAGAGUUCGAAUUUCAAUUUCAGCUCUCUUUGACGUUACAAUCUGGAAGAUGUUGAAACAUCACCAAGAUUCAUGACCUGCUAAAUAUCGAAAAUGUACGAAGGCAAUUUCAUCAAAUAGACAUGACAUUUUAUUGUUUUUGUAACUAUUAAUUUGUGUCAUAAAAUUUGGCAAAAAAUUGUUGCAUGAUUUUAAUCCAAGUGUCUAUAAACUGUCUUAUAAUGUCUUGUGAUUUGUGUCCGUUUACACCACAUUGCCCAUAACUUAUGUUUUCCAUUUGCUUUCCCUGUUUUUUUAGGGUUCAUAUAAGAUUUCCCCACUAUGUUAUGUUUCUUUACAAUGCCAUAGGGCCUUUCAGAGGAAGGGAAGUGGGCCAACCAGUUGAUUAUUUUCGAUUCACCAUGCAUAUUUCAACUACGGUAUUGAUGCUGUAAGAGAAAUAAAAACAAAUUGUAUGAGUAA